UGGACGGGCCGAUCUCGAUCAGUUGAACGGUGAAGUCGGUGUUCCUCUGUCAUGGCCGCGACUCUCCGGUUUGCCGGGGCUCGCAUCGCUAACCAUAACGAAUACAGAGCGGUGGACGAAGAAGAAGAGGAAGGUGUCGCGGUACGCGGUGGUAAGGUCGGGUCACAUGGUGGCCAGCGACGCGGGGAUCGCGUGGCUGGUCCGCGAGGCGAUGGACGGCCGCGGAAGGAUCAAGCUUAAGAAGCUGUCACGCAGCCUGAUGUCGCGGGCCGCCGUUUCCGCUACCAAGCUGAGGCACUGCGUCAGAAAGCAGCCGGCCAAAAUAAGGAAGUGCAUGUGUCUGCCAUCCAAUUACGCCCUCGUUGAGUUCCCCGUGGUCUGGUCCGAGCUUAGAGCGAACCAGCAGCUGUGCGACGGUGCGAUAAGAUGCGCCACGGGCCAGGUUUUCCCGGUGCAUCGGGCCAUUUUGUCCGCGGUCAGCCCUUACUUCAAAGCGCUUUUCACCAACAGCCUGAAAGUCGGGAAAACGGAGAUCACGGAGGUGGCGAUCGAGUCGGUGCCUGGGCGAAUUUUCAGCCUGAUCCUCGACUACGCCUACACCGGCACGUGCAACGUGAACGCCGACAACGUCGAGCAGCUGUUACCAUUGGCCGAUCAGUUCGAGGUGCUCGGUGUCGUUCAACUCUGCUGUCAGUUCCUUCUGCAGGAACUUCGGCCGGAGAAUUGCUUGGGCAUCUUCAACUUCGCCCGCCACUAUUUCUGCCGCGACCUGGAAGAGAAGGGCCGGAAAUACAUUUGCCAUCACUUUAAGCGGAUACUGCAGGAGAGCCCUGAAUUCGAAGAGCUGACGAGCAAGGAGCUCAAAGCGAUUCUGUGCGACGACGAGCUGAACGUUAAAAACGAGGAAAUAGUUUUCGAGGCCAUUAAAACCUGGCUCGAGCACAACGUCGAAGAAAAGAGGCCGUAUUUACCCGGGCUGUUGAAGUGUGUGCGCUACGGUUUGAUGAACUACAACUUCUUCACGAACAAUGUCCUCACGUGGAAGAUCGUCGAGGAGGACGAGUCCUGCCAGCAAGUGCUAGCUCCCGCUAAUCAGUACCUGAAAGAGCAGGAAGCGAAGCUUCCGGGCAGCGGCGAGAUCGAUUUGAACAAUCCACUGGCCAAGCCUCGUAUCCCCUACGAGAUCCUGUUCGCGAUCGGCGGAUGGAGCGCCGGUUCUCCAACGAAUUUCGUAGAAACCUACGACACGAGAGUUGACAGAUGGUUUCUAUCAGUGAGCACGGACGCCACGCCGAGAUCCUACCACGGCCUGUGCACGUUGAACAAUUUGAUCUACAUGAUCGGCGGGUUCGACGGUAACCAGCACUUCAGCACGGUCAGGUGCUUCGAUCCGGUAACGAGGGAAUGGCGUGAACGGGCCUGCAUGCAUCACGCGAGGUGUUACGUCAGCGUUUGCACCCACGGUGGAAAGAUAUACGCACUCGGUGGUUACAACGGCCGUACCAGGAUGAGCUCCGGGGAGAGAUACGAGCCGCAAAAGAAUCAAUGGGAAAUGAUACCGCCGAUGCACCAGCAACGAUCGGACGCGAGCGCGGCAGCCCUGCACGACAAGAUAUACAUCGUCGGCGGUUUCAGCGGCCGCGAGGUUCUAAAUUCCGCGGAGGUGUUCGACGUCGAGUCCAACCAGUGGACCUACAUCCACCCGAUGAUCAAUCCACGAUCAGGCGUGUCUCUGGUCGCGUUUCGCGACAGCCUUUACGCACUGGGCGGCUUCAACGGCAUCAUCAGGCUCAACUCGGGGGAGCGUUACAAUCCGAACUCGGAGGAUUGGCACGCGGUUCCGGAGAUGUUCAGCCCCCGCAGCAAUUUCGCCACGGUCAUUCUAGACGACAUGAUAUUCGUCGUCGGUGGUUUCAAUGGCCAAGCUUCGUCGGAAAGUCAACAGAAAACCAUCCGGGGCGGUGAGGGCGCUGUGGAAACGAAUGCAGACAUUUCUACCGAAGAGGAGGAGACCGUUAAUUUCGACGAACACGUUCAGAGAGAUGUCAGCCCUAUGAACGAGAUGGCUGAAAGUGUCGGCAAUUAUCUGGGAUAAUUCGACGAUUCAGGUCCUCCAAAAUU